CUUUCGCAAUGUGAAGACUGAGCAAUGGAGAAAUCUGGCAAGUUUGAAAGCAGCCCGCAGGGCUCCAGACCCAGAAGCUUCGGCAUUCGAUUUCUGGCUGCUCCUCUACUGGCUUUUCUGAUUCUCUACAACUUUGUUCCAUCAGUGCACGAAUCUGUGCAGUCUUUCUUUUCUCUUGAAGGAUGGAACAUCGAACAGAUCCCAACUGCUGAGACCUCGCAAGGUAAAUUCAUUGGCAAGGUCCUCGAAGAAAAUGAUCAUCCCGUCCCUAUCGAAGCUUUCCUGGGCAUUCGAUAUGCGGAAGCACCAACAGGAGAAUUACGUUUUGCGAAGCCAGUGCCUCCUCCCAGCACCAACGAGACGAUCCAAGCUACAGAGUACUCGCUGAGAUGCCCCGGCAAGCAGCUCCUUCGCAUCCCUGGCAGGCCUUGGCUCGAAUCAAGCGAGGACUGCCUGACCUUGAACGUGUUCCGAUGGAGAGGAACAUUCACUAAUGCCAAGCUUCCCGUUCUGGUCUACAUUCAUGGCGGUGCAUUCAAUCGAGGCUUUGCUGCCAUGCAUAAUACUGCUUCUAUGCUCGCAAAUUCCGAGGAACCAUUCAUCGCUUUAUCAUUCAACUAUCGAAUUGGCGCGCUGGGUUUCCUCAACAGCAAAGUUACUGAGAACCUUGAUCUGCUGAACCUUGGUCUUCAUGACCAGAAGCUUGUGCUUGAAUGGGUCCAGAACAAUAUUGAGCACUUCGGUGGUGAUCCCAACAAAGUCACGAUCGCUGGACUCAGCGCUGGUGCCCACUCCAUCGGACAUCACAUCACGGACAUCAACGAGAAACGGCAGCUAUUCCACAAGGCCAUCAUCGAGUCGGGUGCACCUACAUCUCGAGCAGUGCAUCCAGCGGACUCGAAACUUCACGAAGUGCAAUUCCAGAAACUUGUGGAUCAAGUGGGCUGUGACAUCAAGGCUUCAGAUCUGGACUUGAUCUCAUGCCUUCGAAAAGCCCCCACCGAUGCAAUCCAGGCAGCUCAGACGGCAGUGUUCGACGAGUACAACCCAUCAGUUCGGUGGGCCUGGCAGCCAGUCAUCGAUAAUGACAUCAUCUCUCGACGACCUCUGGGCGCCUGGAAAUCUGGAAAGUGGCACAAGGUCCCAAUCAUGACCGGCUUCAACCACAACGAGGGCACGAUGUAUGUCCCCAAGAAGUCUCAGUCUUCAAGCGACUUCAGCGACUUCUUCGCAACGCUUUUGCCACAAAUCAGCAAGAAAGACUUGAAGAAACUCAACGAACUCUACCCGGACCCUGCAAAGGACACCACUUCGCCAUACGUCGAUACCAGAAACUUGUCGGCACUGGAGAUUGGCGAACAGUACAAGCGUGUGGAGGCUGCUUACGGCCAAUACGCAUACGUCUGCCCCGUGCGACAAACGUCACACUAUGCAAGCAAAGGCCAAGACGCUCCAGUAUAUCAAUAUCACUGGGCAGUCAACAAGACCGUGAUCGGAGGUGCCAACCACGGAGAUCAGAUCUGGUACGAGACCAUGUCACCUCUUGUACGAGAUAUCUCUCCAACGCAGGACGAGAUUGCAAAGUACUUCAACUCCUAUGUCACGAGCUUUAUUGUGACGGGCGAUCCGAUGAAACUGCGAGGACGUAAAGCCAUUGAGAGACCUGAAUGGAAGGCUUAUGAUGAAAACGAUGAGAACGGGAAAACGAUGAUCUUUGGACUUGGGAAUGACGAGGCAGCAGGAGGAUCCAGUGUCGGUGUCGCCGCACAAUUCGUUCACGAUGAGUGGGCGAAGGAGGAAUGUCAAUUCUGGUGGGAAAAGUCAGAAGUACCAGAGGAUUAGACGAUUGGCGCCAGGACAUAUAGAUUGAUUUGCAUUCGCUAACGAAGUAUGUACAAAAUUUUGACGAUGACUGAAUGCAGAAACUGCUUGAUGAACAGCAAGUUGACGACCGGAAGCGAUUGCAAGACUGAAGUGGUUGCAGUAUUUCGUCAGGCCCAUUCGAGUUCCACGACAUGAACGAGGCAAUUCUCAAGCUUACGGCAGGCACUCAUUCCAUG